AUGACAGUACCCACUCAGACAGUUUUAAGACUUGUGAAAGUGGUCGAAAAAUCGAACCGAAAUAUUGCUGCUGACAAUUGGUUCAACUCGAUACCACUAGUCGAAAUAUUGCUGAAAAGAGAACUGACUUACCUGGACACUCUGAAAAAAAAUAAAGCAAAAAUACCACCUUGUUUCUUGCCGAACAAAAAUAGAUCGAUAGAAAGUUCGUUGUAUGGUUUUACGAAAGACUAUUCACUUUUAUCAUAUGUGCCAAAACCUAUUAAAGCCGUGUUGUUGAUUUUUUCUUCUCAUCACAUUCAAGAAAUAGAUAAUGAUACAGGAAAACCAGUUAUGAUUGCAGACUAUAAUCGUACAAAAGGUGGAGUGGAUGAGGUGGAUAAAAAAUGCUCGAUUUAUUGUUGCAGCCGUAAAACUCGUCGUUGGUCUAUGGCAAUCUUUCAAAGGAUGCUGGACAUGGCAGGCAUAAAUAGCCUUGUAUUGUAUCUAAAUUGUACUGACAGUGAUGAGAAAAUGAGGAGAGCAACUUUUUUACUGAAUAUGGCAAGAGAUUUAGCGCUGAAUCAUACGAAAACCAGGGUAUACAAUGAAAGAUUGCUAAUGGAGCUACGCAUGACAAUCACUAGGGUUUUAGAUAAGGAUACUCCCCCUCCACCACCAGUAGUUCGGUCUGUUCCACCAAGUGGCAGAAAACUUUGUUCUAUUUGUCCAACAAAAAAAAAGUCAAACUAA